AUGGGUAUAAAAGUGAGUGACUUUAGGCAGACCAAAGUGCCAGUUCAAUCAGGGAUACAAUUGGGGACUAAAAUGGGCAGAAUCAUCUUCUACGAGGACAGGAACUUUCAGGGACGUUCUUAUGAGACCAGCAGCGACUGUGCUGAACUGACUUCCUAUUUGAGUCGCUGUACUUCCUGCCGUGUGGAGAGCGGCUGCUUUAUAGUAUACGAACGUCCAAACUACAUGGGUCACCAAAUGCUGGUGAGGAGAGGGGAGUACCCUGACAACCAGCGCUUGAUGGGAAUGAGUAUGAGCGACUGCAUCAGAUCCUGCCGCAUGAUCCCAAUGCACAGGGGUCCUUUCCGAAUGAGGAUCUAUGAGAGGGAGAACUUUAGUGGUCAGAUGAAUGAGCUUGUAGAUGACUGCGAGUCUAUCCAAGAUCGUUACCGUAUGUCCGACUGCCAGUCUGCACACGUGAUGGACGGCCACUGGCUGAUGUAUGAGCAGCCUCACUACAGAGGAAGGAUGAUGUACUUCAGGCCUGGAGAGUACAGGAGCUUCAGAGACAUGGCGACAGGGCCCUUGGACAUGAGGAUUGGAUCUAUCAGACGCAUUAUGGAGACCUGCUAAA